AUGGGCUACUGGCUAGAGCUGCGCGCCUGGCUCCUGCGCGAUCCUGCGAAGCUCAUACGCUAUCUCGUUCUCUUCAUUUGCAGCAUCAUUGUGAUCGUGCAGCUAUACGAAUGCUUCUCAAAACUAUCAAAUCCACCGAUAUCCACGCAUUCCUAUUACAAUGUGAAUCAUACGAUUGAAAUGCCUGCCAUAACGAUAUGUCGUGAGCCGCCGUACAAAGAGGAAGUCUUGUCAGAUCUAUCGCGCGGUUACUGUCCACAUCCGAAGUUCGCCACGUGUUGGAUGGAUUAUCCCUUUGGCGAAGUAUCGUUUGAGGAUUUCUUUAACAAUGCCACAUUCAGCCAGGAGGAGACGUUUUAUUCCUAUGGACUCAACGGGGAAAAGUCUAAUGUCGCCAUCGAUAGCAGCGUUCACUUCUAUAUGGGUCGCUGUUAUACGGUGCGUCCACUCAUGGACAUGAAAAGGGUCUCCAAGUCGGUCGGGUAUUCCCUAACGUUAGAGCACAAUUUGGUUACAACUGUGAGCGAUAUAGACUUGACAUCUGGUGCGGGCUGGCAUAUCUUUCUGCACGAUAAGCGUGAAAAUUUUACGGAGAUCAACAUGAAGGGCUCGGGCCGCGUCGAAUAUGUCUUUGCGGGCAUCAAUGAGCAGAUCGAGAUCAAGCUACAAAGUCAAUAUUUUUCGAAUGUGGAAACACACAAGGAGACCUGUUCAAGAAAAGAGGGAUACAGUGAUCUAAAGUGUGGCGAGAUAUGCAUCUGGCAUGAUUUAUCGGACGAGUCGGACUGUUCGGGUCCUUGGAUGCAUGAUAUGAUUUAUGAGCCCUGCAACGAUUCCGACUCCAUGCGAAAUCUGAUCAAGAACUACAAAGCGGUAUACGAAAGCGACGAUGAUUACGAAUGCAAUUGCAUGGAACCCUGCGAAUCGCGCAUCUUUACAACCUACAUACAGAGCAGGAAAACCUUUUCCCAGCCCGAGCCACGGACCCUACUCUACAUAUACUACACGACCAAGCUGAUAUCGCAGAUGAUUGAGGAGCGUCCGAGCUAUGAUACAACACAGUUUAUAGCGGAUGUUGGCGGUUCUUUGGGCUUUCUGCUCGGCCUCUCAGUUCUAGGCAUCAUAGGCAUAUUGGAGCAUUUAACUUUGUUCUUCUGUGGCGAUUGCAUACGGCGACUGCAACUGAAAAAUGAGGAAAAGAAUCGCUCGAAGAGCCCGGAGGAUGGGGAGUCCCAAACGAGUGUCGAGACACUGGACAUCAACGAUGUCUACACUGUAGAAAAGGCGCAACUGGGCAAAUAUUGAGCGUUGGUCAAG